CUAAUCACUUGUAUUUCUAGUUUUACCUUGAUUACUUUGAUUCCAGUUUCUUUUAGUUAAAUUGUUAACAAACUAAAUUGUGCUUCAUUGUGUUUAACCAUCUUAAUCCAUUGCGAUUGUUUAAAAAAUUACAAUUUACUAUUUGGUGUUGAUUCAUUGUUUAUUGUUUAAAUUGUAAUAAUCAACAAAGGAAUUACAACUUUUGACCAAUUGGAUUUAAAUUUUACUAUUCACAAUCAACUAAUUGUUCAAAAUGCCAACCGUUGAAUUAAGUCGUCCUGAAACAAUUUGGCCAUGGAUUAAUAGUGAUCAGGAUACAAUGAUUGAAGAGAUGAAGAAGGAAUUGGAAAAAAAUGGCGGCCGUAAAAUAACAAUCGAUCAAUACGAAUUAUCAUCAACUGAGACGAAAAGUUUAGACCCGAAGACAUUGGAAUGGAGGACAAUUAAUAGUAGCUCAUCACCCGAAUUGUACAAGCAACUUGCUCUCCAAUCAAGUGCCGAUGGUACGAUUCCCAUUCUUAAGCAGAACCAUUUUAAAAUGUCCAACGGGGACAUUAAACUUGAAUCGGAUUCUAUGACCUCUUCACCUUCACCCUUACCUGUGUCACCGACCAAUGAAAUCAAAUACAAUCGACCGGAAAGUUCACUUUCUCAAGCAAUCAGUAUUGACAUGGCCUCACGUUCAUCAAGCUCAGCUCGAGAUCGUUCAGUUUCACCAUCAAGGCGAUCACGAAGUGAGAAAAACGUUUCGAUCGGUAAAAUUAUCGAGGAAUCAGAAAGCGAGGUAACAGUUCAGCCUGAGAAAACAAAUUUCGUUCAUACUUCUUGGCCUCAUGGAAUUGAUAUCAAUAAUCGAAGUCAAUCUCGAUCAUCUCGAACAGUUUCACCAGUUCGAUCCUCUUCUCGAGGAAUUUCACCAGUUCGAUCUUCAUCUCGAUCAGAUUCACCCGGUCAAUGGGCUAUCGUUGAACGAAGCCAAACCCAUGAGAUUAAAAGGUCACCUACACCUUUCGCUCAAAUGGGUCGACCUGCAUCAGUCCCACCCUUUGACGCUGAACUAAUCACCUUACCAAGGUAUAAGAAGAAGGUCAUUUCUCAGCCCUCUUCCCCGCUUCCCGAUUACUUGACGAAAUUGAGACACAUUAAAGUGGCCACUGUUCCUGUUCCCGUUCCUCCCAAAUUUGGCACUUUAACCCAAGGUGGACGAUGGCCCAAUGAAGCCGCUGGUCCAGUCGACAUCGGUCCUCCCUGUGAACUCUGUAAAAAGCCAAUUACCGACACCCGAUUCAUUCAUCAUCAAGGUUUCCUUUAUCAUGUUGAUCAUUUCACUUGCUCUUAUUGUUUCAAAUCAUUGAGACCAUAUGAUUUUCAAAUGUCAUCAGAUGAUAAACCUUAUUGUAUUAAUUGUUAUCGUCGAGAGUUUCAUUGAAGUUAAUCAGUUGACCUUAAAUUCAAUGUAAAUCCAUUUACACCUUUUCUCAUGAUUAACCUUAAUCAACGAAAAACAAUUUCUUAAUCAUCUCUUGCCAACACAAUCCAAAAGAUGAAUUAACAUAACAGAAUAACUAACUUUUUCUUUUCCCACAAUUAACUAAUUAAUCAUUGAAAGAUCAUCAAGGUUUGACAACAAUCAAGAUUGGUGUUUCCUAUCCUUCAUAAUAAUUAAAUUGUAAGGUUACAGUUGAUUAACUUUUGUAUGUAAUAAGUUAAUUGUUAACUUUAUUUAACGAUUCAAUUUGAUUAUCUCUCUUUUUCAAUUUCAACAAUUCAACUGAAUCAAGAAACUGAACAAUUAAAACUCAUGAAAAAAAAAACUCCAACGGAAAUUAAUUUUUUCCCUUUCAUUGAUAAUCAUAAAAUUAAUAGUAAACAAUUAAAUCAAUACAAUAAGCAAAUAAAUAUAAUAAUUUAUAAUCCAAUCCAAUGAAAAUCAAACAAAAUGAUAACUUUUCAUUGAUUAUCAAUGAAAUUUCAAUUGAUCAUCUAGACUGAUGAUAUUUUCACAAUCUAAUUAAAAUUGAUUAAUGAUAAUAAAUAAAAAACAGUCCAUUGACCUAAUGCUUAAUUGUAAAUUAACAAUUGACACGGAAGUUAAUCAAAAAUGAGAAUAAUUUUCAUUGGAAAACCAGAAAAAUCAACUGACCCUUUAUCAUUCAUGAUUAUGUUAUUGAUCAAGAAGAUGAUUAUUAUUUAGGAAGAUGAUGAUGAUAAUACAAAUGAUACAAUAGAAACACGUAGAAAACAAAUUAAUGUCAUUAGAACUCGAGAAUUAACAAAAAUUAAUCGAAAAAAUCGACAACAAUAGGCCAGUCAUAUGCGCGACAAUUGAGUAAACACUGGAAGAGAUGAUGAAAGGUAUCAUCAGAAUUCAUUAUUCUCAUCAUUUGUCAUCUUUCAUCAUCCUCAUCUCCUCCUACACUUUACAUUAACAAUCAGUAAUAUACAAUUAACACCAAGGCGGAGCAAUUAAAUUUGAUUGUCAUCUCGCAAAGGGUUUAUAAUCAGAAGUGAUAUUAACCCACCGAGGCAAUUACUUGAUUCCCAUUGACAAGGUUUCAUCUCAAUCGUUGAUGUUGAUUAAAAAUCCCAACAAAAUUACUACCUUGUUAUUUGCUCAGUUGACUUUGAAAUAAUUAGUAAAUUGUUAUAACUGUAAUCAACUUUGAUUGAUAACAAUAACUUUAUUUAGUGUAUAUUUAAUAACUGUUAUUAUUUUUGAUUCAGUUUUACCAUCUAGGUAAUUGUUUGCUGCUUAAUUGUUACAAUAAUGGUUUCCAAAUCAGUGGUGAUCCCAAUUUAUUUGGGAGUCACUGUGGUUGCCAUGUUAAUUACGUUAAUUGUUGUCGUUGAAGGUCAGGAUACUACAGAAGUCGCUCCGGUUGAUUUAUCAAAGUAUCGAUGUCGUAACGCUAAUUGUUCAGGUAAACGAGUGAAAAUCUGUCAACAGGCAACGUCCGAAUCAACGUCCAUCCUUUUCGUGGAUCAGGUCAACGGCGAUAACAAAUGCCAAUGCUGCUUCGAGAAAACUUUAAGCCGACGCAAAUUACGACGUAUUUGGGCUAAGGCCAGAAAAAAUGUCUCCAAAAGCUCAUCGUCACCCGCCGCCGGAGAUGAGACGACAAUUAAGCCAGAAUUUUCCACUUUCGCUGAACUACCAACUCUCCCUUCAGUUGAUUUACCAGGAAUAUCGCCCUGAAUACUUUAAUCAAGUUAAUUAUUACCUAAAUUCAUCAGAUUGUCACCAUAAUCAUCUUGAUUCAUUUUGAUCAAGAAACAAUUUAAAGUAAACAAAAAAGUUGUUCCUCUAAAUUUAAGGUGACAAUCAAAUCAAACUUAUUAUUUAACUUCCUGUAAUUAAUCCUUUCAUGUUGUAUUAUUGUUGUUAUUUGUUAGUUGUAAUUGUUAAUUUAGAUGUACUCAUGAUAAUUAUAGUUGAUUGACAAAUUAUACAAUAAAAAUUAAUCGUCAAAAUUGA